UAGUAUCGCAUAAGCGCAUCGAUUUCCGAUAGACCCGUAUAUAUGUACGUGCACAACUUCAAUGGAAUAAACAAUCUUCUUGCAGCAAAGCAGACGUAAACAAGAUAACUAUAGAAGUAUGAGCUCUGAGAAGUCCGAUAAGGCCAAGAUCAGUGCCCAAAUCAAGCACGUGCCGAAGGACGCGCAGGUGAUCAUGUCCAUCCUGAAGGAGCUGAAUGUCCAGGAGUACGAGCCGCGCGUGGUCAACCAACUGCUGGAGUUCACCUUCCGCUAUGUGACCUGCAUACUGGACGACGCCAAGGUGUACGCUAACCAUGCGCGCAAGAAGACCAUCGACUUGGACGACGUUCGUCUGGCCACCGAGGUUACGCUGGACAAGAGCUUCACCGGGCCGCUGGAGCGCCACGUUCUAGCCAAGGUGGCCGACGAGCGCAACAGCAUGCCCCUGCCACCCAUCAAGCCGCACUGCGGUCUCCGACUGCCGCCCGACCGCUACUGUCUCACCGGCGUCAACUACAAGCUGCGGGCCACUAAUCAGCCCAAGAAAAUGACCAAGUCGGCGGUGGAGGGCCGUCCACUGAAGACCGUGGUUAAGCCCGUCUCCAGCGCCAAUGGCCCGAAGAGGCCACACUCCGUGGUGGCCAAGCAGCAGGUGGUGACCAUUCCCAAGCCCGUCAUCAAGUUUACCACCACUACGACGACCAAAACGGUGGGCGGCAGCUCCGGCGGCUCGGGGGGCGGCGGUGGUCAGGAGGUUAAGAGCGAGCCCAGUGGCGCCGGCGGAGAUCUCAAGAUGGAGGUGGACAGCGAUGCCGCGGCCGUGGGCAGCAUCGCUGGCGCUUCCGGUUCGGGAGCAGGAAGUGCCAGUGGAGGAGGAGGAGGACCAUCUGGCGUUGGAGUGGCCGUCAAGCGGGAGCGCGAGGAGGAGGAGUUUGAGUUUGUGACCAACUAGCGAAACGACAUCAUUUACAUUAAAUUAAUAUUCUUAAAACAGACCAAAGCAUUUGCAUUUGGUUGAGCGAACUGGGGAUCUAAAUUUCAACUGGAAUGUGAAGUCCCAAAAACCUUAGUAUAGAUUCGCCCGUUAAUCAUUAUGAAAUCUACGUUUUAUACACAAAUACAACUACCAGAAUUUCAUAUUAAA